AUGGAGGAAUCAACAAUAGCAAAACAGAAUAAGAAUGUACCAUUGUUGCCAUGGAUGAGAAGCCCAGUUGAUGUAAGCCAAUUUGAAGAAUGCCCACUUGAUAUCAUACCUUUCCUUGACCCCAGGUUGAAGAUGGGUUUGCAGAAUAUGGGUUUCGAGACACUUUUUCCAGUUCAAAUUGCGGUUUGGCAAGAGACUAUUGGACCAGGUGCUUUUGAGAGAGAUCUUUGCAUAAAUUCACCAACAGGAAGUGGGAAAACUUUAGCUUAUGCUUUGCCAAUUGUGCAAAUGCUUUCAACUCGUGCUGUCAAAUGUCUCCGUGCUUUGGUCGUUUUGCCCACUCGUGAUUUAGCCUUGCAGGUUAAACAAGUUUUUGCUGCUAUUGCACCUGCUGUGGGCUUAUCUGUUGGUUUAGCUGUGGGCCAAUCUUCAAUUGCUGAUGAAAUUUCAGAGCUUAUUAAGAGACCUGAGCAUGAGGCAGGGAUUUGUUAUGACCCUGAAGAAGUUUUGCAAGAGUUACAGAGUUCAGUGGAUAUAUUAGUGGCAACGCCAGGAAGGCUCAUGGACCAUAUCAAUACCACCAAGGGAUUUACACUCGAGCACCUCCGAUAUCUAGUUGUUGAUGAAACAGACCGCUUGCUCAGGGAAGCAUACCAAUCUUGGCUUCCGACUGUGCUCAAACUGACCAGCACUUGUGAUGACAGCCUCAUGCCUGUUGCUGAUAGUUUUGUUCCUUAUGCAUUUGGUUCCUUGAAAACCCUAAGGAGAUGUGGCAUUGAAAGGGGUUUUAAGGGUAAAUCUUACCCUAGGCUUGUGAAGAUGGUUUUAUCUGCCACAUUAACCCAAGAUCCAAGCAAGCUUGCUCAACUUGAUCUGCAUCACCCUUUAUUCUUGACAACUGGAAAAAGACGUUAUCAGCUCCCCGAAAAAUUAGAAUCCUACAAACUGAUCUGCGAGUCCAAGUUGAAACCUCUUUACUUGGUUGCGGUUCUACAACAUUUAGGAGGGGAGAAAUGUAUUGUUUUCACAUCAUCUGUGGAGUCAACUCAUCGACUUUGCACCUUACUGAACUUUUUUGGUGAUUUGAAAGUCAAGAUCAAGGAGUAUUCAGGUCUUCAACGUCAAUCCGUGAGAAGCAAGACCCUAAAGGCCUUCCGGGAAGGGGAGAUACAAGUACUUGUUUCCUCUGAUGCAAUGACUCGUGGAAUGGAUGUUGAAGGAGUCAGAAAUGUCAUUAAUUAUGAUAUGCCUGCAUAUGUAAAGACAUACGUUCAUCGGGCGGGUCGGACAGCAAGAGCAGGCCAGACUGGGCGUUGCAUCACAUUGUUGCGUAAACAUGAGGUAAAACGUUUCAAGAAACUGCUACAGAAAGCUGAUAAUGAUUCUUGUCCUGAUUACUCUAUCCCUUCCAAUUCUGUUGAGUCACUUCACUCCUUUUAUUUACCAGCACUAGAGAAGCUGAAAGCAACAGUAGAAUCAGAAACAUCAAGGAAGCGCAAGGUUGGUCCCAAAUUUUCUAGAGUGAACAAAGGAGAGUGA